UUUGACAUUUAUUACCUUCUCCAAUGACAAAUAUUAAUUCGUUUUACAGAUUCAUAGGAUUCUCUGAUUAAUAGGAAAGAAGAAAAUGAUUAAGUUUCUUCUCCUAGGUGCAUUUGUGGCCUUGACGAGCGCACAAUUUCAGCCCCAACCAACUGGAAGGAUUCUAGAACCACCGAUACCGGCAUUGUGCGCACAACGAACAAUUCAUGAACGCUUUAACGGAAAGGGUUAUUACUAUUCGUGGGCUGAUCCUAGAACAAAUGGACAAGAAGUUGAUUGGCUAGCUGGUAGAAAUUUUUGUAGACAACGAUGCAUGGACCUCGUAUCUUUGGAAACCUCUGCUGAGAACGAAUUUAUCAAGAGUCGCAUCGUUCAAAACAAAGUGAAAUAUAUUUGGACGUCCGGUCGUCUCUGCGACUUUAAAGGAUGCGACAGACCUGAUCUUCAACCACUUCAUAUAAAUGGUUGGUUCUGGACAGCCGAGUUGCAAAAACUUGCACCAACUAACAAUCGCAAUCAAAACGAUUGGUCUGAGAGUGGCGGUAUUGGAAAGCCUCAACCUGAUAAUCGUGAGGCCAUUCAAGGUGGUGCUCCAGAAAAUUGUUUAGCAGUUCUUAAUCAAUUUUACAACGAUGGCGUUAAUUGGCACGACGUUGCUUGUCAUCAUAAAAAACCAUGGGUGUGCGAAGAUAAUGAUUCUCUUUUAAAAUACGUUCGUUUUACUAAUCCAAACCUCCGCGUUUAAUUGAAUAACUUAAAAGGAAAAUCUGACGAGUGGAUAAACCAUUAUUAUUUGAACUAUUGUUACUCCAUUAAAUUAUGAACAUUUUUAAGAUUAAGUAAUGCGACUGAAUAGUGUAUAGGGCGAUUAUAUUUAUUACAACAACAACAACAACAACAACAACAACAACAACUUAAUCACAAUUUAAUUAAUUAAAUGCAUUACUCAUGUCACAGUAUGCGUCGUUGUACAAGAUGUACCGAUUCAAAUAGAUUGUCCAUAAGUACCAUAAGCAUUGUCAAUAUUUAUCUUUUACAAACGAUUAGUUUUAUACCCAGGAAGAUUCACAAUAAGUCUUUGAGGCACAACUCAUGAAAUAUAUCAGAAAA